GAGAGAGAGAGAGAGAGAGAGAGAGAGAGAGGCAAUCUCACAAACAGCAUCACUCUCAGCUUGACGGAACGACAGUGAACAGAAUAGGGAAGAGAACAGAAGAGCAGCAUUAGGCAACAAGACAAAGAUGAGGUUGAUUAGACAGCAGUGAAAUUACCUGAGGGGGAAAUAAAAGAGGGGAUAGACGGAGAGAGGAAAAGAGGAGUGUGGGUUUUAAUCCUUUUGGCAUGUGAGAGUAUCUCUGAGUGCAGUGGUCACCCUGUGUGUGAGUGUGUGCUGCAGAGUUUGUUGGUGGUGUUGGGACGCUUUGAACUGGAAUGUAUCUGAACUAACCACAGGGGACUUUCGGGAAGACACCAUGCUGGGCAAGGAUUACAUGCUCGCCAUCAUCAUCGUCAACUAUGACGAUAACAUCUGGAAUGAUCAGAGUCUGGAGCUGGAUUCGGAUCUGCCUCCAGGAUGGCGCACUAUACGUGACAGCACUGGCACCUAUUACUGGCACGUGCCCACGGGCACCACUCAGUGGCAGCAUCCCUCCUACAGCGCAGAGGAGGAACAAAACACCAUUAACGGCAUCACUGCCAGCCAGAUCAAGACUGCAGUGGAUGGUAGGCGGGAUUCAAGAGGAAGAUUGACUGAAAACCCGCUACCCUCGCUGAGCGAAAGGCCCUCCUGGCAGGAAGAGUAUUUCUGUGCCAACAUGGAUCCCGACUCCAAGUGUUUUGCUGUGCGUUCUCUGGGUUGGGUUGAGAUCCCAGAGGAAGAACUGACCCCUGGCAAGAGCAGUCUGGCGGUGAACAACUGCAUCCAGCAGCUCUCUCACAGUAAAGCAGAGGGCCGGGACGCAGUUGGCGCCUGGGGAGAGGGUCAGGAUAUGAUGAUGGUGCUCAAGAAGGACACUCUCAGUCUAAUGGACCCUGUGGACCGCAGCCUCAUCCAUUGUCAGCCCAUAAUCAACAUCCGUGUAUGGGGGGUGGGCUGCAACAAUGGCAGGGACUUUGCCUUUGUGGCCAGUGAUAAAGACACCUGCAUGCUCAAGUGCCACGUGUUCCGCUGCAAUGCUCCGGCCAAGACCAUCGCAUCUGCCCUGCAUGAGAUGUGCUCCAAGAUCAUGGCAGAGAAGGCGGUGAAGCAGCCCUCUAUGGCCCGUUCUCUCACCAUGGAGAGUAUCUCCCCAGAGGACUUGCCCCUCCAAGUUGACUUCUUGGAAUCAGUGAGGCAGAGGGUGCAGAAGUUUGAGGUGGAGUACAUUGGAAACCUGCCUGUAUCCAGAGCAAUGGGAAUGGAAGUGUUGAACAGAGCUAUUGAGAGUAUCAUCCACUCCAGAGACAGAGAUGAGUGGGAGCCGAUAGUCAUCCAUGUGUCUGAUAAAAUUCUGUCUUUAUGGAGAGGAGAGGAUGGAGAUGACCCAUUUUGGGAAUGCCAAGUACGUUACUUAACUUUCCUAGGUGUGGGUCAUGACACACACACUUUUGCAGUCAUAGUGGAUGCUGGAACCCAGCGCUUUGAGUGCCAUGUGUUCUGGUGUGAGCCCGAUGCUGGGAUCAUCUCUGAGGCAGUUCAGGCUGCAUGCAUGGUCCAAUACCAGAAGUGUUUGGUUGCGCAGACUCCUCCUAUGAGGCCCAAAAUGUGGCGGGCCGGCUCCAAAGUCAAACGAGCCAACUCCAUGGACGGCUCCAGCUUCCCGCUCCGACUCCAAGGACACACACCUUCCAAAAUGGCCUCUCCCAGCGUGAAGAAGGGCAUGUUGGCAUUUUUUGAGACAUUCCGUAACAAACAGUCUGCCGUACCCACACCCUAACAACAGCGGUUCUGGGAGGGGAAUGGGGCUUGAUGAGCUUUGAGGAGGGGGAAAGAUGAAAGGAAUGAAGAAACAUGAAGCUUAAGAAAGCUUAAGAUAUACAAGUAUCCUUUGCCUUUGGCAUUUUUAAAAAAAACAAUUUAACUUAAAAACUGAAGUUCCCCAGUACGUCCUCACAAAAAACAACCCGCCUAAUUGCCCAUAAUAACAGUGUUUUUGAGGAUUGACAUAUCUGAAUGUAGGUGUGCAGAACAGUGUUUAAAUGACAUUGAGGUGCUGUG